UCAAGAUUUUUCCUUUUUUCUAAUUUUUUUUUUUUAAAAGACUCAGCUUUUACUAAGUUAGGUAUAUGUUGAUUCUGGGUUUGAUCUAGUUCUCCAAUGAAAAGCCUCCGCAGAUAACAAAGAAAAUGGGUACAUCAGAUGAUGCAGGCGGAGGAGGAAAGAUCAUGCCGACACGGAGAGCACUCAGCGCCAUUAACAAGAACAUCACUGAACCUCCCUCGUCUUACCCUUAUGCUCUCAACAACAAGAGAUCACUUUCUGAAAGGAAUGUUAUCCGUAACAAACCACCUCUGCGCCGACCACUUACUAGAAAGUUUGCUGAUAAUAAGCCACAAAUCCAGGAAGAGGAAACUAAGAAAUCAAACUCACUUCCAAGUGAAGAAGCACUAGCAGAGAAGGUUGACAUUGAUGUGUAUGCUUGUGGUAAGGAAGGAGACUACUUUAAUGAGCCAGUGUUUGUACAACACACUGAAACAAUGAUGGAGGAAACUUACCAGAUGGAGGAGGGGAUUAAAGUGGAAGAUGCAGAUAAAGAAAACGAGAGAGUAAUUAAUAUUGACGCUUGUGUUUAGAAGAAUUCUUUAGCCGUAGUUGAAUAUAUCGAUGAUAUAUUCAACUUCCACAAUAAAUCUGAGGAACUUAGUUGUGUAGCUUCUAACUACAUGGACAAUCAGCAAGAUCUUAAUGAGAUGAUGAGAGGAAUCCUCAUUGACUGGUUGAUUGAGGUGCAUGACAAGUUUGAACUGAUGGAGGAAACACUUUAUCUCACAGUCAAUAUCAUCGAUAGAUUCCUUGCGGUUCAUCAAAUCUUGAGGAAAAAGCUUCAGCUUGUUGGUGUAACCGCUUUGUUGCUAGCUUGUAAGUACGAGGAAGUCUCAGUUCCAGUAGUAGAUGAUCUCAUCUUGAUCUCUGAUAAAGCUUACACUCGAAGAGAAGUACUAGAUAUGGAGAAGCUAAUAGCCAACACCUUGCAGUUCAAUUUCUCAUUACCUACUCCGUAUGUGUUCAUGAGACGGUUUCUCAAAGCUGCCGAAUCUGACAAAAAGCUUGAGGUUUUAUCGUUUUUUAUCAUCGAGCUUUGUCUCGUGGAGUACGAGAUGCUGGAGUAUACACCAUCUAAGCUAGCAGCCUCGGCAAUCUACACUGCUAGGUGUACACUUGAUGGAUUUGAGGAAUGGAGCAAAACCUGUGAGUCUCACACAGGCUACAAGGAAGAACAGCUACUGGCAUGUACAAGAAAGAUGGUUGAUUUCCAUCACAAUGCAGGAACAGGGAAGCUGACAGGAGUUCACAGGAAGUACAACACAUCAAAGUUCUCUUAUGCUGCAAGAACCGAACCAGCUGGAUUUCUACUUUAAUGGAGGAAAAACUAUGGUAUUGAAGAUCGAAUGACAAAAAAUCUAAGCACUUAAGUUUUCUUUUUUUGUAAAAAAGAAAGAAUUCAAAAGAAGAGCAGCUGAAGUUCUCUUCUAAGGUCUUUAGAUCUUUCUUUCUUUACUUGAGAGAAUAAGAAGAUGCAAUGCUUCAUUUCGUAUGAUGCUUUAUUUACACUCUACUUGUGAGUCAAUCACCUGUAAACUUACAUGUACAUAAUUGUUGAAAACCCUUCCGGAAUGGUAGAUGCCACUCAUCAAACAUUCUACAAGUAAUAAUUGUUUGAUAGUCA